UGUCUUGUGAAAAGUCUAUGUUUCAUUGUGUUGCAAAUAAGUUGGGUUUAGUUAGGCAGUUAAGUGUUUCUGAUGCUGUAGAGCUGCAGAGCCAAUUAAGGAUGCCCACGGCUGAAUUCCGUAGGCUAAGACGUAUUCUGUGUAAUCUUGGUGCAAGGAUUCUCCCAUCUGAGCCCAAGAUAAGACAAGAACAAGAAAUGCAGACAAUGCAUGUUAGUAAAGAACAUGUUACUGUAAAGUCCAUGUUGCUUUAUCCAUCUGCGAAUGAAGCACCUUGUUUAGUACCUGUAUUGAUGGUCAAGAAUUUGAUAACUUAUAUUGAAGAGGUUUUCAAUAGUCUGCACGUUCGUGACCACUUCAAUUCUGAUGUCGGUUUUUGCGAAGAGGUAUGGCUCCUUUUUGCUGGGGAUAAGGGUGGGAAGUAUAUGAAAUUCCAUUUUGAAGUUGUCAAUUCUAAAUCAUCAGGGUCUGUAUAUGAUGUUCAUUUAUUUUGUAUGUAUCAGGGUUCAGACUGUCGUGAGAAUAUUGCCUUAGUUCUCGGGCAUUAUGCCAACGACAUUAAAAGAAUUCAGUCGUCAGAUUUUAAGCUAAAAGGCAAAAUAGUCAGGUUGUUCUUAGGUGGAGAUUUUCAUUUUAUCGAUGAUGUUCUGGGACACCAGGGUUCAGCUGCUAGCUUUCCUAGUUCUACAGACCUAGUUAAGUUGAAUUCUCUAAGAAACCAUGCUUCUAUGCCUCACACACCUGCUAAUUGUAACAUCUUAAGGAGGACAAUACAAUCUCUGGAAAGUGCUUACAAUGAGAACUUGUGUGAAGAUAGACAAGGUGGAAACCUAAGAGCUCUAGAUAAGUUUCAUAAUUCAAUUAAGAAACCACUAUAAACUUUGUAGUGUUAUUGAUGAUGAAGCAAUUAAAAAUAGAUUUGUACGUGUGUUUAGUGUUUUUAAUAACUUGCAACCUAUUCU